CCCUCCAUCAACUCUCAACUUCAACAACUCAAGACUCACAACGACUAACAACCGGAAAGAACACUCAAAACCUGAUAAGGCUAGUCUCAUUCUUUCUCUUUCUCUAAAUCCAUCGCCGAAACCAUGUCUCUCGACCCCUUUGACGACGUCCUCACCCUAGAAGACCAAUUCUUCUCAGAAGGCUUCCGCCAAGGCACCCAAGACGGCAUCCAAGCAGGCAAAAUCGAGGGCCGCUCCGUCGGCCUCGCAAAGGGCUACGAGAAAUUCUACGAGAGCGGCAGGAUACACGCCCGCGCCGUCGUAUGGGCCAACAGACUUUCCCUGCCCCAGAAGAACAGCAGUGCCGCCACCAGUACCACCACCGCCGCAAAGUCAUCAAGCUCCGGCGCUUCGGCUUCAGCCUCGGUCUCGGCCGAUCAACCUCACCCAUCAACAGAGUCAUCAGAUUCACAAAAUACAUGCUCCCUACCGCCGCUGGCACCCAACGCGAGACUAGAAAAGAACGUCACGACAGCGUUUGCGCUGGUUGAGCCGGACACGCUGUCCAAGGAGAACAGCGACGAGGCCGUCAAUGACUUUGAUGAUAGGUUGAAGAGGGCGCAGGGCAAGGUCAAGAUUAUUGAGCGCAUGACGGGGGAGGCGGUUUCUGCGCCGGAGGCUGCUGCUGCCGAUGUGAAGGUCCCGGAGGCCAAGGAGAUUUGAGAUUUCUGUUACUCGGGUAUUAUUUGUCGUCUUGUUAAGAAAGCAUGGGAGGCGGUUUUAGGCCACCUUUGUUAGAGGAUUUUGGCAAUAGCCACAUUAUGGGAAGAUACCCCCAACAGGUGAAUAGCACAGAGAGCUCUUGAGGUCGACCCUUUUCAAAAGUCUUGAG